AGCGAGGAUAAGUGGCUACAGCGGCCAAAGUUCAGUAAAAAAAAAAAAAAAGAACAUCUGACAAAAGAGAGUGCACACAGGAGGGUUAGAGCAGAUGCUUGUUGCUUUCACACUGACAAGACAGCUCGCUGAAAGGACAAGGAGCGAUGCUUCGCUGGGUUUUGUUUGCUUUGCUCAUUGGUAUUUGUGCCAGUGCUGGAGAGCAGAAACCAAAAAAGAAAGUGAAGACUCAGCCCUUGUCAAGAGGAUGGGGAGGUGGUAUUAGUUGGGCUAAAACCUAUAAAGACGCCCUAUCGCAAAUGACCAAGAGUCGGAAGCCUCUCAUGGUCAUUCAUCAUAAAGACAACUGCCCAUACAGUCAAGCACUGAAGAAGGCAUUUGUUGCUGACAAAACUAUCCAGAAAAUGGCAAAAGAGGAUUUCAUCAUGCUCAACCUGGUGGAGGAGAGUGGGGACAAGAACCUGGCACCUGACGGUUACUAUGUUCCCAGAAUCCUCUUUAUUGAUCCAUCCAAAACUGUGCGCGCAGACAUUACAGGAAAGUACAGCAACCGCCACUACACCUACAAGCCGAGUGACAUGAAGGACCUGGUCAAAAACAUGGAGAAAGCCAAAGUCCUUCUACACAGCGAACUCUAAUAUGGCUCAACGUGGCAUCUCAGGAUCUCCCACAGAUGGCUGCUCAGUGGCCAGAACUGAAUUAUUUGAAUGAUUUUUGGUGCUCAUUAAAAUUAAGGAAAGCAAAAGUUGUUUUCAUUUUCUUUAC